CAAACAUUUUCCGCAUCACCAUUGAAAUGUCGACGACACAGUACAGCGGCCCACAACGCCUACUCCUUGCUGCAGCCAGCAUAUGGCACAUGCCAACGCCAACCCGGCAUACCCCCGGCGACGCUGACCUGAGCUGAGCCGCACGUGCCUGCAAUGCCUCCGCCGGCACCGAGCCUGCCGGUCCCCUCCCCGCGCCUGCUGCGCUUCCUCCGUUUGCAGACCGACGGCCUGGCCUCGUCGCUCGGCGCCGCCGCUAGCCGCCAUGUAGCCGCCGCCGUCAGCUCGCCAUGCCGGACACCCCGCGCUUCAGUUGCCAGCCGCCACCAACAAUGCCUGGUCCACGGCCGCAUCUCCUAUCUCGGCGGCAGGCCGCUGCCCUCGACCGCGCGCGCCUUCUCCGCCAGCGCGACACCACGCAACUCCCGGAAGACAGCCCCCGCCGCGCCGCCCAAAAAGCCCGAAGCCAGCCUCCAGGCGUCUCUCUUCAGUGUCGACAGCAUUCUGCCGCGGGCGCUCCGCAGACGGAGGAGCAGCUUGGGCGAGAGGGACGCGGGGCAGAACAUGGGCAACGGCGGCGCGAGCUCCUCCCCCUCGCCCCUGUCGGCGCCCAUGGACCACCAACAACCCCGCCGCGAGGCGUCCAAAAUGACGUGGCAGCAGAGGCUCUGGGGCGCCAGGAAGCCGCUGCGGCGGUCGGACGACAUGUGCGGCGACGACGGCGGUUCUGACAGCAACUUCACCUUUGGCUCCCGCAGGACCCAGCUCAUGCGGGCUCCCAUGGACCCCAGGCUGCGCUGCACCGAAGUCGACGAGAAUGGCGAGGUCAUACUCGUGGACGGCGAGUAUAAGAAGAGCGAGCUGAUUGCGAAGUAUGGACUUCUGCCACGCGAUCUCAGAAAGAUCGACUCGUCCAACCUGCCGCACAUCCUCGUGCGGCCGUCGGCGAUCCUGCUGAACCUGUUGCACCUCAGGGUGCUCAUCAAAUCGGACCGAGUGCUGCUCUUUGACGUGUUUGGAUCCAAGACGUCAUAUAAUCAGUCGGCCUUCAUGUACGACCUCCAGGGACGGCUGCGGCAAAAGCAGCAGGGACCCAACUCAGUCGGCGGGCUCCCCUAUGAGUUCCGCGCGCUGGAAGCUGUGCUCAUCUCGGCGACAACCGCGCUCGAGGCCGACCUGUACACGGUGCGUGAGCCCGUGGUCCGCGUCUUGCGCGAGCUCGAGGAUGACAUCAACCGAGAUCGUCUCCGCAUCCUGCUCGUGCUGUCCAAGAAAGUCAGUACGUUUGAUCAAAAGGCCAAGCUCGUGCGCGACGCCAUCGACGAGCUACUCGAGGCCGACGACGACCUGGCAGCCAUGUACCUGACCGAGAAGCGCCACGACCUGUACCGUGGCGAGGACGACCACACUGAGGUUGAGAUGCUGCUCGAAUCUUAUCAUAAGAUUUGCGACGAAGUCGUCCAGGAGGCAGGGAGCUUGGUUUCGAGCAUUCGCAAUACCGAGGAGAUCAUUCGCGCAAUUCUUGACGCGAACCGGAACUCGCUCAUGCUGCUGGACCUCAAGUUCAGCAUUGGCACGCUCGGCCUGGCCAUGGGCACGUUCCUGGCCGGUCUUUACGGCAUGAACCUGGAGAAUUUCAUCGAGGAGACUAAUUGGGGCUUCGCCGGCGUCACCAGCUUCUCCGUCGUAUUCUCCCUCCUCGUGUGCUGGUACGGCCUUGUGAAGCUGCGCAAGGUCCAGCGCGUCAAGAUGCACGGCAGCGAGGCUCGCGCCCACCUCGACUCUGCCUGGUUCCGCGAAGACUACCAUGCGGGCACCAACCACUACGGGCCGCCUUCUUCCGGCUCCUGCUCGCCUGCCAGCAGCGGUGGGUCGGCCGAGGACCGGUUCAGGGCCGGGCUGCGGCGCGCGGAGAUGAUGAAGAACAACACUCCUAAUAUCCCCAAAACCAAGAAACGGCAAUGAUGGAGGCAAUCGAAGCCUGGAUGCUAUAGGCAUUCGACGUCGCGCCCCCUGCUUUGUAUAUCACCGCCCUCGCAUCUGUAAACAAGUCAAGGUCCGCCAGGAUGGGGGCCAACUUGAAAUGUACUAUUAUGGCAGAUAGAACAGCAUAUAGAUAUAGACGCUGCUCCUACUUUUACCCGGAAAGGGACAGCCCGCUUGGGCCAUGCUGCGGUUGGCAGCUAAAUAGAGACCUCUUGUAUUAGUCGA